GGCGGGGAGGCGGCGGCGGGCAGGGAGGCGACGGCGGGAGGGGAGGAGGAAGAGGCGGAGGCGGCGGCGGGAUAGCCGGCUCCGGGAUGGUGCAGCGCGGCCCGCGGGGCCGGGGCGCGGAGGCUCGGCGGGAGCCCUGCGCCCCGCUGCCCGCCCGUGACACCGAGCCCGCCUGGUGCAAGACGCCGAGCGGGCACAUCAAGCGGCCCAUGAACGCCUUCAUGGUGUGGUCCCAGCACGAACGCCGCAAGAUCAUGGACCAGUGGCCCGACAUGCACAACGCCGAGAUCUCCAAGCGCCUGGGCCGGCGCUGGCAGCUCCUGCACGACUCCGAGAAGAUCCCCUUUGUCAGGGAGGCCGAGCGCCUGCGCCUCAAGCACAUGGCUGACUACCCCGACUACAAGUACCGGCCUCGGAAAAAGGGCAAGGUGGGCACCGGAGCAGCCCGCCCGCGGCUCCCAGUGAAGAUCAAGCCCUCCGUGUUGGGCCGUGUCUCUGCCAGCCGCAGGCAGCCCGCCAAGCUGCCCACCGGCCCCGACACCCCGCAGGAGCCCGCACCAGAGGUGCCCGCUGAGGACAGCCCUGUGGUGCCUGGCACGGCUGCCUGGAACCCGGCAUCCAACGGGGAGAGCAGCCCCCAGGAGCCCCCUGCACCCCUGAGCCCUACCACACCCUGCCCGGAGCCAGGGAGGUCCCCAGAGAGCGGCUCCCCCUCUCCCAUGUCGGCCGGGUCCCCUCCCUCUUCCUUCAGCUCCUCUGACGAGGAGCUGGAGGAGGAGCUGCUGGGGAUCAUGCCCGGGCGGGCACCUGCCAGUGCCACCUGUGGUGCCCUGGACUGGUCCGUCUUCGACAAGGACCACGACCUCUACCCGCGGGGAGGCUCCUCGCACUUCGAGUUCCCGGACUAUUGCACGCCCGAGGUGACGGAGAUGAUAGCGGGGGACUGGCUCAUGUCCAGCAUCUCAGACUUGGUCUUUACCUACUGAGUCCCACGCUCUGCAGGUAACACUCAUUUUUAUUUUCACCCACAAUCAGGUCAUAUCAAAAAACAACCCAGGAAAACAAACAAACAAACCGAAACCAGCUGUUUACAUGCAGGAAUCAGGUAUUUUGCCUUGAAGCUGCUGGAAGGCAGAGCCCCUGCUCCCCACACCCCCUGGCACACACCCAUUCUCCAUCCGUCUGUCUGUCCGGCUCUCGCUUCGUGCCCGCAGGACGCAUGGCCGCCCGCUGCGGUUAUUUGCCCGUGAAAUGCAUCUCAUCGGGUUUUCAUUGUCACACCCGGCUGCUUUCCCCCAUGGCCCCGGCACUGACAGCCAUGGCUGCUCCCGGCCGCUCCCAUCUGUGCCAGCGCCGCGUGCCCUCCCACUCUCCAGGAAGCAGGAGCAUCCAUGCCACCCCAGCUCUCGGUGCCCACCCCACCUUCCCCAUCCCUCGGAGAAUGGCUGAUUCCGUUUGGUUUUUGACUGCAUUGAACGCAUGGCUUCAAUUUUCUCCUCUUCCUCUUCGCAGCCCUUGGGGAGGGAUGCCGAGCCAUGCCAGACUGUCCCUUCCCAACUCCCUGUUUAGUGAGGGGUGCCUGGCUCGGGGGUUCAGUGUCCCACAGCAGCGUCUCCUUCCCCGUGGCGCGUGUUCCCCGCCACUGGCUUUGGGAAGAGCGGAGUUGCACACACGUGGUAAGCACGUGGGCGCGGAGGCUGGGUUGUUUCUCUCGCCAGGCAGUUGUGCAGGGAAAGCUGUGCCACGGAGGGAGCCCCUGUCCGGAGUCACCCCAACAUUGUAUGGGGACCAGCCCUUCACUAAGUAGCCAGCCCUCAUUUUAACCUUGGGGCCUGUGCCUGUGCAGGACCUGCUGAGGGCUGGCUGACCUUGGCCAGUGGAGCUGGGUGUCACUGUGCCCGGCCGUGGCGUGUGCUGCUGCCGGGAUGGCAGGGAGCAGCAUGGAAAGGCAGGGCUGGCAGCGAAGGACAGCUGUGGCAAAUCUAUCUUAAACAACCACCCAAACUGCUCCAAGAGCAGCUGCAGCCAGUGCUGGUGGGCGUGUGGGGUGUGGGUGAUGCUCUGGCACAGGGCUCCUCCACACAGCACCACACUGGGCUCCGCUGCCGGCUUUGCCAAGAGCAGGGACGCGCUGGCAGGGAAGAUGCUGCUGCAGCGGCUCCUCCAGCUGGGAUUUUCUUUGCUUUUCCUAAUGGCUCCUUCCUGCGACAGCCGCCUCCUCCCACUGCCAGGAGCACGUGGCUGCAAUGCUGGCUCGGCAGCUGCCGCAGGCUCUGCUUGGGGGGGCAGGGGCUGCGCUCUGGUACAGCUGUGCUGGGUGGGGACCCCACACAUCCCUGGGGAUGUGGUCAUGGCCUGGGCUGGCAGCGUCUGCAAGAGCUGUACUGGGCUCGGCAGCAACCGCUGCUUGAAGCAGCCCCUGCAGUCCCCCAUGACCCCCACUCCCCAGGGACUCUGGAUUUGUGGCCCCUCUGAUCCUUCCCUGCCAGUGGGGUGCUGGCAGCAGCAGAGCACCCGCUGCUUGAGGCUCUGCCUCCCUGUUUUGGGGCUGCCGGUUCCCCCAGUCACAGGCUACCCCGUGCCUGCCCCUUGCUGUCAGGCUGGACUGAGCCGUAGCCAAGGGAAGGACAUCCCCCUCCCUUGUCCUGGCAUCCCCUGGGGGUGCCUCGGAGUAGGUGCCUGGCCCUGCUGCUGGAGCUGCUGGUGGCCCUGGCUCAGCCGUGGGGAUCGGCACUGCAGCGCAGGGAGAGGUGUGUCCCUGGGCCCUUUGCAGGGAUGCUUCAUGUCCCCCAGCCCAGUCCCUGGGGACCCCUCGAGGCCCCCCGCGAUGGUCAACCAUCAGCAGUGUAGAUGUGUCGGUGUGUAGCGGUAGCUGUGCGUGUGUGUUGGCAUUAGCCACGGUGUUUCGGUACCCCCGUGCGGGUGCCAGCCUGCAGAGCCAGGCGGGCAUCACGCAGCAGACACGUGUACCCUGGAUAGAGCGCGUCCUCCUCUCUGCAUCCCCUCCCUCCCCGGCCUUCCCCACCGGAUCCAGUCCCGCCCCCAAAGGUGGAAAAGCCAAAAAAGCGCCGGGACAGCCGUGAUUCUGGCAGCCUGCUCCCGCCUCACCGCCGCCUCGGGGGGACUUUGCCUUCCCACCCCCUGGGCAGCCCCGCGCCAGGAGCACCUGAAGCCCCCUCCCAUGUGUGAGCCAGGUUUGGGGUUCCCGUGGGGUCUGGCGGCCCCAGAGCCCUCUAACACACACAGAUCUCACCCAGCACCUCGGUGCCUUUUUGGGGUGCACAGCCACCCCGUGCUGUGGCCAGGGCUUCUCAGAGAGGGCACUGAGGCUGACAGUCACCUGCCCUCUGUCCCUGUCCAUGGGAAGCCAAAGCCCCCCGGUACCAGCAAGGCCUGAGGCCACACUGAGGGUCUCGCAUCACACGUGUGCUUCACUGACCCUGGAGCUCAGGGCUCAGCUUCCGUUCCUUGUGGGGGGCACAUGGGUCCCAGUGGUCCCCUACGUGCUGUGCAUCACCCUUGAGCCAGGGUGAUCCCUCCACAGACUGUCAGGCGAAAUAUUUCCUCAGGAGCAGGUUCUGGGUCAGUGCCAGAACCGGAGCCAGUGCCAGGGUCUCCUGCCCUGGCUGCAAGCACAACAUCAUCCGCUUUGUCCCCGUCCUCAGCCCUGUCCCCCUCCUCGAGUCUCGCCGGGUGUGUUUGUCAGGGAGAACCGUCGUGGACAGUGGUGGAUUUUCUGUGGCGUGUGGUUGUAGUGCUUAGAGACCCCUCCCAGCGUGCGGCCCCCUCCCGCUGCGCCCCCGCUGCCCGGUGCUGGCUGGCAUGCGUGUGCGAGCGUGUGUGCGUGCGCGUGCGACAUCCCGUCAUCACUCCAGACAAAGCGAAUAAUAAUAAUAAUAGUAAUAAUAAAUAAUAAAAAUAAACCAAACCUCUCUCAGGAAGCAGCUGCCCUGGUGGCGGCCGAGUGGGCCGGGGGUCCCCGGAGCUGGUGGGGCCCCGACGCAGCCUGUGGAUGGGCGCCAGCGCUCGGGGUCACCUUUGUAGUGUUGUGUUAGUGAAGGGUCCCUGUGUCUGUUAUCUUGGAGAAACAGGAUUUUAGCCGAGGGGCAGUGACGACCCCAUCUGGGUCCAUCUUGGGGGCGUGACACAGCUGGCCCUUGCUCUGCAGAACCUCGGCUAACAAUGAUCCUGACUGUUGUGAUUAUGGAAUAAAGUGUGUUGGUCUGCUC